AUGCGGGCGCUCGUCUCUCCCGCCCCCGGCCCCGCCGCAUUCCUCCCGCGGAACCCCAACCCCGCCGCGAGCCCCGCUCCUCGCCGCGGGCACCGCGUUUCUUCCGGCCGCCGGUCAGUCGCCGCCGCGGCAGCCGCCACCGGAGACCACUGGGGCGCCGACCACCGCCACGACAACCACCAGCAGCAGCGAACCUACCGCGGCGGGCGCUGGGGCGCGGGCGGGCCCCGCGCGGGGCCGAGCGUGCAGUGCGACGUGGACGUGGUGUCGUGGCGGGAGCGGCGGGUGUUCGCGUCCGUGGCCGUGGCCGCCGACGUCGACACCGUGUGGCGCAUCAUCACCGACUACGAGCGCCUCGCCGACUUCGUCCCAAACCUCGUCCACAGUGGGAGGAUCCCGUGCCCGCACGAGGGCAGGAUAUGGCUGGAGCAGAGGGGGCUGCAGCAGGCCCUCUACUGGCACAUCGAGGCGCGCGUCGUGCUGGAUCUCCGGGAGGUCCCGGAUGCCGUUAAUGGACGAGAGCUCCACUUCUCCAUGGUCGAUGGCGACUUUAAGAAGUUCGAAGGGAAAUGGACUGUCCGGUCUGGUCCAAGGUCUGCUAGUGCAAUUUUGCUGUAUGAAGUUAAUGUGAUACCUAGAUUCAAUUUCCCAGCAAUAUUUCUUGAGAGGAUUAUAAGCUCGGAUCUUCCUGUGAAUCUUACAGCCUUGGCUUUUAGAUCUGAAAAAAUGUAUUUAGAGAACCAUAAAUUUGGACCUACAAAAUUUACCGGUGCAGAGUCCAAGCCACUUAACUUCCGUAGUCCAAUAGUCGAGAAUGAUGACAUUUCUUCUAGUAACUUCAAAGAAGCACCUUCCUCCACCGGCUUUGGUGGUGUGCUUGCUCCACCUCCUCCUGAGUUGAAUGGCAAAUGGGGUGUAUAUGGAAGUGUCUGCAGGCUUGAUAGGCCUUGUGUGGUAGACGAGAUCCAUCUCCGACGAUUUGAUGGCCUCCUGGAACAUGAAGGGGCUCACAGGUGUGUUGUUGCAAGUAUCACCGUGAAAGCACCAGUUCGAGAAGUAUGGGAUGUACUCACAGCGUAUGAGAAGUUGCCCGAGGUUAUACCAAACCUGGCUAUUAGUCGGAUUAUUCUUCGUGAUAAUAACAAGGUUCGCAUAUUGCAGGAGGGCUGCAAAGGUCUACUCUAUAUGGUUCUUCAUGCCCGUGUUGUUAUGGAUCUGCGCGAGAAACUCGAACGUGAGAUCUGCUUUGAGCAAGUCGAGGGAGAUUUCUACUCAUUUAAAGGAAAAUGGCGCCUCGAACAGCUUGGAGAUCAGCACACGCUGCUGAAGUAUAUGGUCGAGACUAAGAUGCAUAAGGAUACCUUUCUCUCCGAGUCUAUCCUCGAAGAGGUCAUAUACGAAGAUCUUCCGUCAAAUUUAUGUGCGAUCCGUGAUUAUGUUGAAAAUGCUAAAGCUGAGAGAGGCACUUCUACAGCUCACUCUGAUGUGCCAACCAAUCCAGAUACUGUUGCUAUUGAUUAUGCAGAAGGGCGGCGAUCAGAGCAAGCAUCUGAAGAUUGCUCUUCAAGUUCUACGAAGAUGAGACCAAAAGUUCCAGGCCUGCAAAAGGACAUCGAGGUCCUCAAAUCUGAACUUGGUAGUUUUAUUGCAAAAUAUGGUCAGAAUGGAUUCAUGCCUAAGAGAAAACAUCUUCGGACACACGGAAGAGUUGAUAUUGAGAAGGCAAUAACACGGAUGGGUGGGUUCAGGAAGAUCGCCGGCACAAUGAACCUUGCCCUUUCUUAUAAAAAUCGGAAACCAAGAGGUUAUUGGGAUAAUCUGGAGAACUUGCAAGAUGAGAUUAGGAGAUUCCAGAAGAACUGGGGGAUGGACCCUUCUUACAUGCCAAGUAGAAAAUCUUUUGAGAGGGCAGGGCGCUACGACAUCGCUCGGGCGCUGGAGAAGUGGGGCGGCAUACAGGAGGUCUCCCGGCUCCUCGCUCUCGAACCGAGACGUCCUCGGAAGCGAUCAGCGGACUCUGACGGCGAGAAGCAGCCUGAAUCUCCGCCCCCCACAGCAGCAGUCAAGCACCCGAGCAAACUCGACAAGCCGAAUGCCCCUCUGGACGCACAGAAGUGGCUCCUGAAGCUCAAGGACCUGGACGUCAACUGGGUCGAGUACUGAACGUUGAGGGCCGGUGCCUCCCUCUCAUCGCAGUUCGCUAGUCCGACCUUCUGGAGAUGUCCUCCUGGAGCUGUAAACUGUGUACAUAAAAGGUAAUGCAUUGGCCAAGUUAAAACGCACGACUAACUAAACUAACCCAUUAUGUCAGAGCUCUCUUGUCCUUCUGAACCCAAGAGUUUGUCGGUCUUUUUGUAUGACUUUGACUUGAGCUGUCUCUAGAACUGUCAACUUCCUUGCCGCGGUCAAA